CAAGAGCCUGCCGUCAAAACUACUUUUGUUUGAAAUAACAAUAAUAGUCAACAAAGUUGAACCAUGGACGUCGAGGAGGAGCAAGAACAAGGUCCUGCCAAGAAUAUAGGUCAAUUAACUUUGGUAUGCAUAGAGUUAGCGGCGAAAAUAGAUGAAGCACAGACAGAUGAGGACAAAAUUUCCAUAGUGAAUGAUCAUUUGAGUGUGUACACACAGGACGAAAUCCCCAUGCAGGAGUUCGAGACAGGUUUAGAAUGGUUCAAUGUGUCAAAUGCCAUGACUGUCAAUGAAGACCUAAAAGGGCGGAUAUCUGUCUUGGAUUUUUUCACAUACUGUUGUAUAAACUGCAUGCACAUUCUGCCAGAUUUGGAAGCUUUGGAAGAACUGCACCCCCCAGAAAAAGGAGAAGUUCUUGUGGUAGGAGUCCACUCUGCUAAAUUCGAAAAUGAACGGGUUUCAGCAAACAUUAAGGCAGCAAUUGACCGAUACCACAUUCAUCACCCAGUGGUUAAUGACCCUAAAGCAAAAAUGUGGACACAACUUGGUAUUGCUUGUUGGCCUACACUACUUAUUCUUGGUCCAAAUGCACAACCAUUGUUUGUCUUGGUAGGGGAAGGUCAUCGUCAACGCCUACAACUGUAUGUAGAUACAGCUAUCACUUAUUAUAACAAACUGAAGGCUUUAAUGAAGAGACCUUUCAUGUUAGCUCCCUCCACACACAUUAGUGCUACUGACGUCCUAUUGUAUCCAGGAAAAGUAGCAACUUACCCUGGUGGUAUUGUGAUCUCUGAUUCUGGUCACAACAGGAUUUUAAUUGUGGACAAAUCAGGAACUGUAAAGACAGUGAUAGGUUCUGGACUCAAAGGAUUCAGCAAUGGAUCCUUUUCUGAAGCAUCCUUCAGAAAUCCUCAGGGGUUAGUAUACCACCAUCCUAACACUAUCUUCGUUGCAGACACUGAUAAUCACGCCAUUCGCAAGAUUGAUAUUGCUUUAGAAGUAGUGACGACAUUUGUGGGUACAGGCCAACAAGGUUCUGAUUUGGAAGGUGGCCAGAUUGCAAGUAAGCAGGCCAUAUCAUCCCCAUGGGAUUUAUGUAUGGCAAAAAGUUUGGAUCAGACUGGAGAUUCUGAGGACAACUUGUUGAUAAUAGCAAUGGCUGGAACACAUCAAAUAUGGGGUGUAUUUUUAACAGAAGGGACAUGGUUCAAGGGCAGUUCUUAUCCAAGCAUGACAGCAGUUAGAUUAGCUGGCAGUGGUGCAGAAGAAAACAGAAAUACAACUUACCCAUUCCGUGCUGGAUUUGCUCAGCCUUCUGGUGUUACAUUAGGGACUUUCUCUGGGCAGUCGAUUGUGUAUGUUGCGGAUUCUGAAAGCUCAUCUAUAAGAAAGUUUAGUUUAAUAGAUGGAGCUGUGAAAGGUGUUGUAGGUGCAGCAAGAGAUCCCAUGGAUUUAUUUGCUUAUGGAGAUAUUGAUGGGUGUGGUGUAGAUGCCAAGCUUCAGCAUCCCUUAGGUGUUGCAGCUCUCGAUGAAAAUGUUUAUAUUGCUGACUCAUAUAAUCAUAAGAUAAAAAUUGUGCAACCUGAGGGGAAGUCCUAUAGAGUGACAACUAUAGCUGGGAAUGGCAAGCCUGGAAAUUCUGAUGGUAUUGGUGGAAGUGCUCAGUUCAAUGAACCUGGUGGUAUCUGCAUCAGUAGGGAAGAUGGUUGCCUAUAUAUUGCAGAUACAAAUAAUCAUUCCAUCAAAAUUCUUACCUUGAAGAAUAGUCAAGUGACAGAGUUGAAUGUGACACUGGUUGACGAGAGUGACUGUUCUAGUCAAGAUUUACUGAGUCCAGAUACUUCCAUUGAUGAAACUCUAGUGGAGGUAACUCCUGGAUCUAAUGUUAAAGUACUUAUGAGACUUCAGUUGGCACUGCCCUCUGGAAUGACUUUCAAUAAAGAUGCACCAAAUAGAUGGAAACUAGCAACAGAAGAUGCUCAUAUAACCAUGGCAUCCACGCAAGGUGAACUUCUAGAUUCAACUGACCUUCCUGUGAUUGUAUGCUUUAAUUCUGAAGACAGCCAUGAAGCAUUAUUACAUAUAUUUGCUGUGAUGUAUGUGUGCCUUGAUGGAGGUGUUUGUGUGAAGAGAAAUUCUAAGCAUGAUGUUAGAUUUAUUGUGAAAGACCAUGAAAAAGAUGUAACUGAAGAUAUUAAUGUUAAUAUAAUUUUAAACAUAAAAAAUUGAUGACAUUUUAGUGUAAAUAUAGUAGAUAAAGUUGAUUGCAUAUUUUUACAUGAAAAUUCUUGAAAAGAUGAACACUAUCUGUGUCAGUGCCUGUUGAGUUUUGUAAUGUAAGAUUAUUAAUAGUGAACUCUAGAUCACUUGUUAUUAAAUAAAUAUAUUUUUCAAAAACGGUUAGAUUUUAUCAGAAUAAAAUUUGAUAUUUUUUUUAAAAAGUCUUUAAUACCUAGUGUAACAUUCAUGUUUAAUUUUACAUUUAAUAAGGUUAUUCAUAAAAAAAAGGUAGUGAAGCAGGAUCGUAGGAUACAGUUUUGUAGGGAGUUUACUGAGAAACUGGCAUAUGUUUGUAAUAGUACUCAUGAGAAAAGGUUACUUUACAAAUGUAGGAGAGGAUUUUCAGUCAAAAUGGCCAGAGGUUAAAGCUUGGUAGUUUUUCAGAAUUUGCUUUGCUCUACAAUUUUGUAAUGUAAUUGAAAGCUUUCACAAAAUUCCAUCAUUUUUCCAGAUAUAUAUGUAUAUUUAUUUCUUUUAAUGCUGUAUCUUUUAAACUAAACAAAUUCAUCCCUUCACAUAAAAUAGUUGGAAUUUUAUUUGUAAUUGCCCAAAUUUUUACUUGCAGUUUUUGUGUUGUGUACUGAAUAAUUUUUUUUUUAUUUCUACAGUCUCAUAAUUAUCUUGAUUUAUUUUAUAUUUUGUUAGAGGUCUGCAGUAGUAUUUUUAUAUAUGGUAGUGAUUGUCUUCCAUAUCAGUAUCUACUCUAUAGUAUUUUCAUUCUAACAAUGUUUCAGACUUAAAAUUUAUUUUAAUGGGAAUAUUUUAAUAUCUUGUAUUCUGCAAGAGUUGAAUGGUUAAGCUUUUCUAGAUGCAUAUAUAGUAUUAGAAUUCAUUCCUAAUGGGGUGUUGUUUUUCAUUUUUUUUUCUUUGUCCACUGUUCUGUAAGGGUAACUUCACAAUUUUAGUGUACAGUAGUUUAUAUAGUCAGCUUUGUAUGACAGUGCAAUUUGUUUUACUCUGGUAAAGUCAUGUGUUUGGUUUUGAAAACAUUAUUAUAUUUAAUGUAUUUAUUAUCUUUUAAUAAUUCUGUACAUUUAUUGUAUGUAUUGGUUAUAGUGAUUUUUCAUAGGACUUUAAUAUAAAUGCAUUAUUUUAAUAGUCACUAUAGUAUAUUGGCUUGGUUGAACCAAGUAACAAUAAGGUGUAAUUAAACUGAUCACCUAAACAUACAGAAGUUAAGUAAAGGAUGUGCAGUAUAGACCUACAUUGAAUUAGAGAGAGAAUAUUGGAAUGAUAAUGUAUUGAUUGGUUUUUACUUGAUUAGUUCUUUAAUCAAAGCUGUUAUAGAUUAUUUCUUCCCAUCCUGUAAAAAUAUCAGAUGUAUAUGAGUGGUUUUAUGAAUGCACCCUAAUUCAAUAUCCUCUGUUGGAUAUGCGUAAAUUGUAGUAAUUUAAAUCCUUUGGUUUAUCUUUAUUAUAAAUUUUUCAGGGAAUAUUAUCUUCUGGUAUGCAUGUAUGCAUCCUGUUACCUUGUGUAAGAAUUGAAGAUGUACUGAUCAGUUUAAUUCAUUGUAACUUGUACCCCCUUGCAAAUGCAAGCCUCUUUUGGAAUUUUGAGGAAAUACAUUUUAUAAAGAAAAAUACUGUAUUUAUAAUCAUUAUUUAUUCUAGGAUCAUUUUGUUUAAUUCUUAAUUUGACUCAGAGGUCUGGAAAAACUAAACCCUAUUAAUAAUAAUAAUAAUUAUUAUUAUUAUUAACUCUUGAUUUUGGUGUGAUUUCAAGUAAUUUUGGGAUGCUCCUUAAAAUAAAAUGCGUUAAAACAGUUAGUUGUAGACUGGGAGUAGGGCAUUUUUUUUUCUUUUUGGUUCCAUGAUGACAGUUACACUAAAACAGGAACUUAAGAACAGUUGGCAGGUAAUUGAAAUAAUCUAAUGGCCAAUAUUUCCUCAAGAACAAAUCACAAACUGGUCUGGUGGUUAAUACACUUAAUGAUAUUUAUCUAUCUAAUGUGGAAUCGUAGUCAAAUAUCUUGUCUUAAGCUGAGUAAGUGCUUUCCUGCUUACUGGUAUUGAUAAUGUACCAAUGCUCCUGUCCCAUUUUUUAUGUACCUGCCAAAAUCGGCUGCUUCCAAAUGCCAUUGCCUUUUAACUAAGUUUUACAAUGUGUUGUUUUGUGGUCAGUUGAAUUUAAUAUUGAGAUAUUAACAAGUGUUUCAUGUUGUCUUCUUGAGAUGUCUCCCCAUUCAUCAUUUUGGUAAGUGAAAUAAGUACCUGUAAUUAAAUAUUUCCUUUUAAUCAGUUUGUUCAACUUGGAGAAUUUCAUUGCUGUUGACAUUUAGUGUGUUCUUAGUAACUUAAUUUCAAGUGUUUUAUUGCAGGAUAUCAUUGCAUCACUAUCAUUCUAGCUCUUGUUGAUAUCUUUUGUUGUAUUUCUUGUGUGUUUUGUUAUAUUGAAAGUAUAAUGACAAACUCCCUAGCAUGUUUUGAUAUUAUUCUUUCCCCUAGGUCGAUGUCAACUAAGCAGUUGAUAGAAUUCUCUCACCUAGCUUGUUGUCAACAAAGCAGUUGUGAUAAUAAUAAAGAAUUCCAAAAGGAAUUUGAUAAAUAAUUUUAAUGCAAACUGUACCUUGUUUUUGUAGGACUUUCAGUGGGGGAUCUACAUGUACCUAUUUUAAAUUUUGGCCAAAUAUUUUUUCAGGGCUUUUGAUAUGUAUUCCAGUAAUGUUAAACUAUAUCCAUAACUAAUUUUUCAUUAAGUGGGAUGUAAACCCAUAUGUUUUUAUGCCAAUGUUAUGUAUGUUAUUUUUCUGUGUACUGUAUAUAGUUUUUCUGAAGUCUGGUUCAGUUGCUUAAUUAUUCAAAUAACUUUUGAUUUGACUGACUUGGUCUUUUGUAGACUAGUAUCAUAUCUGAACUAUCAAGGUGGUUAUAAUGUUCAAAGAUAAAAGAUUUUAUGAUUGGUGAGACAUUUGAAAUUGGCAAUGUAGUGUUAAUACAGUAUUAAGUGUGAAAUUCAUGUUAUC